AUGGAAUACAUAGAGAGGUGGCUCCUUUUGACAACCAAGAAUAUCCUGCGGGGCGGAGUUAUAGACUCGGCCCUGGUCCAUGAAAGCCAGCGACUGUUGUUACAGACAUAUGAUGAGAACACGGAUGCCUUCAAGGACACGACCACGGCACUACAAUUGGCAGAAGCCCACCUGGCAGGAAAGUACUGCUCACAAGAUGAGGUGGCGCCGGACUUGCACAGCGACCAGGCAUACCGUCAAGGACUCCUGGAAGCUCUCGCCAAGGCAAUGGACGAGGAGCAGCCGUGGCCAAAGGAGAUACAAACCGUCUUUGACCAGGAGCUCACGACCUUCUCGAGCGUGCUCACGGACAAUGGCACGUGCGCGAUCGUGUUGCGCCUGGACAAUACCCUCGAGAUUGGAGAUGUUGUAGUCUGCGGCGUGGAGGAGGAUGCCGGAAAGGCGAUGAACGCGGCCCUCUUACGCCAUACCGGCACGACGAACGAGUAUAGCUUUGUAGGGAUGGUACAGUCUCAGCCGUGGCACUUUCUCGAGACCUACGUCAAGAAUAUCAUUGAGACGGCGGUGCCUGAGGAGCUUGUCAUUGUGUAG